CGCUGAACGUCAACAGCCGAACGAGCUCACUCACCGGAAUCAUGUCUGCUGACCAACCUGUGGCCAUUGCGGAAGGCCGGCGUAUUUAUCUUGGAAAUCUUCUCUAUAAUGUGAGGCCAGCCGAGAUUGAGGAAAUGCUGAUAGCCAACGGUUUUGGAUCAUUCGAGCAUAUUCACAUCUCUGUUGAUCCAGUCAGUGCGAGGAACCCUGGUUACUGUUUUGUUGAUUUUCUGCAACGAGAGGACGCCGAACGAGCUAUCCAGUCUCUCGCUGCUAGCAUUGGCAACCGAGCAGUAAAAGUCGGACCAUGCAACCCCAAGCAGAGCUCUCGCUCCCGAUACGGACAAGAGGCUCAGACUUUCCAGCGAUGGGGUGACUGGGAAGGCUCAGGUGCGAAAGAAACGCGCAAUACACGCUCCAGCAACUAUUCAGAAAGCCGCCAGCAAGGUCCCCGUGCGGCAUUGAAUCACUUUCGAGAGUUUGUUAACGCCCCGGCUGAGCGGCGGAUAUAUAUUGGGGGUUUGCCCAAGAUGAUCAGCCAGUCACAGCACCAGCUGGAAAUGGAAAAGUUACUAGAUGGUUUCAACCCGGUUGCCGUUGGAAAACGGAUUACACCGCAUGAAAGUACAAGAGAGAGGGCCGGAAAUCAUCACUACUGUUUUGUAGACUUUGGGACUGCGGAAGAAGCAAGUGCUGCCAUUGAGGCAUUGCAUGGGAGUCCCUGGGAAUCAGGAGACCAGCUUCGUGUGACACGUGCAGGCCGUAUCCCGCAAAGUCUCAAGAGUCGUGGAGAGCACGGGGGCAAUCCGCAGCCGUCGAACGAUUCGGGAUCCGGAGAGAGGUUCUCGGGAGGACGAAGCUCUCAGCCAGCUCCGGCUCCGAGAGCUAUGGCAUCAAGCAAUUGGCGGAGGGCAGAGUAGGACAACUCGGGAUGUUAUUAGGCGCUUGGGGAUAUGUUUACUUCGAGUCUAGUUGGCAGGAUCAAAAGGGAAUAAGAGACGGGUCUGGGUCUCAGUUGUUACGGAAUUACGGUCUCGGACCCGGUUGUCACGGAGUUUUUCUUUCAACAAAGUGAAGCUUGUCAUAAACCAGAGCCAAGAGAAACUGAACACGAGUUUUGAAAAUCUAGUCAAGUUCGGGAUUCCUACUCAUUUCUCUAUGCUUGAAGUUACAUUGCUAGCACUAUACUGGAUACUACAACAUUCUGAACAAAGUUAACAU